AUGGCUCAACCAGCGUCCUACACAAACCCGCUGAAGAAGUUCAAGCUGGUCUUCCUCGGCGAGCAGAGUGUCGGCAAGACGUCUCUGAUCACCCGCUUCAUGUACGACUCGUUCGACAACACCUACCAAGCUACUAUCGGAAUCGACUUCUUGUCAAAGACCAUGUACCUCGAAGACCGCACCGUACGCCUACAGCUCUGGGACACUGCUGGACAAGAGCGUUUUCGUAGUCUGAUUCCCUCAUACAUCCGCGACAGCAGUGUUGCCGUCGUCGUUUACGACAUUACUUCAGCAAAGUCCUUCCAACAAACCCGCAAGUGGGUCGACGAUGUCCGCGGUGAGCGUGGCUCCGACGUCAUUAUCGUCCUCGUAGGCAACAAGACCGACUUGAACGACAAGCGCGAAGUCACCACCCAGCAAGGAGAGGAAGAGGCCAAGAAGCACAACCUCAUGUUCAUUGAGACGAGCGCAAAGGUCGGACACAACGUGAAGCCUUUGUUCAAGAGAAUCGCACAAGCACUGCCUGGCAUGGAGAGUGAACAGAACCAAACGCCCAACCAAAUGAUCGAUGUCAACAUCAACCCAGGACCCACGACAGACAACUCGAGCUGCGCUUGUUAA